AUGAAAAGUGUGUUAUAGUAAUUAGGAACAGAAGAACAAAAUUUAAACUUGGAACAGAUCAAAAUCGAUUAGUUACUAAAAGCUAGGUCACAUAAAUUCUUGCAAUCUGAAAGAACAAACCCCAAACAUUACCUUAAACCCGACCACACCAAAAUCACGAACAUCAAAAACAACACGGACACUUUGUCGAUUUUUUUGUCUUGCUGUUCUUUCCACCGCAACUGAUCAACACACACCAGAAGUUUUUUUUCGAUUAUUGUUUUUCAUUUUUUGCUACAUAGUUCUAAAUUGAGUUUCAAGAAAAGCUUUAACUUUUGGGGUGAAAUCGGUGAUUGAUUGAGAGUGGAAUGCUGAGAAGGAGGUUGAUUUCGUUGGUAUUGUUAAGGAAACUGUUAACUGCAGCUAUAUGUUUAAUAGCUGUUGUGGCUCUUUUCUCUGUUCAUUUUCAUAUUGUUCCCUCCUCUAAGGAUCAUAAGUUCAAUGACAAGAUCACCACGACUCGGGACUUGCAAAGCUGGACGCGGGAGCUAGCUCCACCCCAUUUAUCCAAAGCAGCACUUCAGACUCCCAAGUUGAAUGGUUCCAUACGGGAUUCAGAUUACGAGAAGCUGUGGAAGCCUCCAUCGAAUCGUGGGUUUCUUCCCUGUACAACGCCUUCACCUAAUUACACUACUCCCGUUGAGUCACGAGGAUAUCUCUUAGUUCAUACAAAUGGGGGGCUCAACCAAAUGCGCUCUGGGAUAUGUGAUAUGGUAGCUGUAGCUCGUAUCCUAAAUGCUACUCUUGUAAUUCCAGAACUCGAUAAAAGAUCGUUUUGGCGAGAUACAAGCAAUUUCUCUGAUAUUUUUGAUGAAGACCAUUUUAUUAAUUCUCUAGCUAACGAUGUCAAAAUAAUUAAGAAGCUUCCCGAUGAACUGGUUAAUGAAACCAGAAAGGUCAAGCAAUUCAUAAGUUGGUCUGGCAUGGAUUAUUAUGAGAAUGAGAUUGCAAAGUUGUGGGAAGAUUACCAAGUUAUUCGUGCUUCCAAGUCUGAUUCACGGCUAGCGAACAACAAUCUACCUCCAGACAUUCAGAAGCUUCGCUGCCGAGCUUGUUAUGAAGCUCUUCGUUUCUCUCCUCGCAUUGAACAAAUAGGAAAAUUGUUAGUUGAGAAAAUGAGGUCAUUGGGUCCUUAUAUUGCUCUGCAUUUACGUUAUGAGAAGGAUAUGCUUGCGUUUAGCGGGUGCACGCAUGAUUUAUCUCUAGAUGAAGCUGAAGAGCUACGGAUUAUCAGGGAGAACACUUCCUAUUGGAAAGUAAAGGAUAUUGACCCUAUUGAACAGAGAUCCAAAGGGUUUUGCCCCUUAACUCCAAAGGAAGUUGGUAUUUUUCUUACAGCUCUUGGAUAUCCAUCGAAGACACCGAUCUAUAUUGCUGCUGGCGAGAUAUAUGGGGGUGAGUCUCAUAUGGCCGAACUGCGAUCCCGUUAUCCGUUGUUAAUGAGCAAGGUAAGGAAUUACAGUACUCAUGUGUUGCUUUGUCGCUCAUUUUUAUUCAACAUUUGUGUAUCUCAUGAUGAAUUUCAGGAAAAGUUGGCAUCUUUUGAGGAGCUUGAACCCUUUUUCAAUCAUGCUUCUCAAAUGGCUGCUCUUGACUAUAUUGUAUCUAUUGAAAGUGAUAUAUUUAUACCCUCUUAUUCUGGAAACAUGGCAAGGGCUGUUGAAGGUCAUCGCCGUUUUCUUGGGCGUGGAAGAUCAAUAUCUCCGGAUAGGAAAGCCCUUGUUCGACUCUUCGAUAAACUGGACCAGGGAACAAUAACCGAGGGGAAAAAACUGUCGUAUAGGAUUAUUGAUCUCCACAGAAGACGGCUUGGUUUCCCAAGAAAGAGAAAAGGGCCAAUAUCUGGAACAAAGGGAAUGGACAGGUUUCGCUCGGAAGAAACCUUUUAUGCUAACCCCUUACCCGAUUGCCUAUGCCGAACAGAACCAUCACCCCAAAACAUCUCGGACGUUGUCAAGUAAAUCAGAAAUUACACAACUUUUUCCAUGGAAUUUCUCAAAGAGUGCUCGCAGCUGGAAAGUGUGUGGUCGAAGAAUGUAUAUAUCGGUAUCGAUUCUUAAUGACAAGAUUAAUUUUGGAAAAAAUAAAAUCCAUAUUCAGUUAUUGGCAUACACAACUAUGUGUUAAGUAGAUCUUCCUGAAGGAUGGAGCUUUGAGAUGACCGCAUUCAUUCAUUUAUCAUGUGAAUUGACUUUUAUUUAUAAAGGUAAAUUCUCAAGUAUUUCUUUUACUCAA